CGUUGAUCACAUGAUAUGGGCGGAAUCUGACUCCGGUCCACGCUGAAUCUCCCGCGAACGCAGCCAUUUACUCUUUUCCUCUUCGUUUCAACGCCGGGUGAGUCUGAACAUUUUUCCUGAUGUGAUGCUAGUUUAAAUUCAAUUUCUAAUCAUUGUGGAUCAAAAUUGGGACAGUCAGAGACAGUAAAGUACGUUCUUGGUGUAUUUAUACCUUCAGUUUAGUAAUUAUUUUGACAAUAAGCGAAGUUAUUAGACAGUUUUAUUGAUUUCCAAGACCAUGCUAGCUAGCACGUUAGCUUUGUGAUAAGAUUCGCUCUAUUAGCGAAAUGCUAGCUAGCUAACGUUAGAUGGCAACUUUAAUUUAUUGUUCCGUUUCUAGAUGUGAUUGAGGAUGUUUAGUUAUAGAUUGUUAUUGCCCAUACACAUAUCAGAUUCUAGCAGAUUUAGCAGGGUUAGUUUGUUACAUAACCAUUACUUAGGCUGUUAACUAACCAGGGAACAGAUUGUGCUACACAGACAUUGUUCCAGCCGAAACUAGAAAAGUGCGGCAGCCUGCUGAAUGGCGCACUCAUCAAAUGCUAACUAGCUUGGCGCUAGUUAGCUAUCCUCUGCGUUUAGACUGCAAGCUGUGCUAGCUAGCUAACGCGUGACAUCAAAUCAAAUAAACUGAUUUAAUACUAUAUUUAGAAGGCAUAACUACAGGGCUGAAUUUAGGUUAUCGGUCGGAUAUGUUACACGUUUUAAUAUCCUGAUUUGUCAGAUGUCCGGAAAUAUGCAAUGGUUUAGGAAUAAGUUGCUAGUAAAAAAAAAAAAGCGCAGCUAGUUACCCAGGUUGCUUGUUGGUUAGCUUGGACGCGUGCAGCUAUGUCGAAAGGUUGUUUGGUUGUUGUAGUUCAGUGGUUCCCAAACUGUGGGGCAGGGGUCCUUUUAUUUUAUACAAAGGAACUCAGUCCGUGUUUAAACUUACUUUUGAAUGUUGUAAUAGUAGAAUGUACAAGGUGCAAUUUCUAAAUUGGGUAGUGCAUCAUCAGUUCCUCUUGUCAUGUUAGUCAUUGCACACCUUAGAGGGUUAUUUAUAACUUGUCAGAAAUGUCCAGAUCAGCUAGCCCAUGUCAGUUAAUGUUUCUUUAUUUAGGUUUUUUAGCCCAUGGAUAUUGUUGUAAUUUGUGUCACUCAAUAUCACCUGAAUGCACAUUCAACAUGGCAAAAUGUAUAGAAUUGUAAGAAAAUUAGCUUUAAAACUGCAACAUUUUCUUUGCGCCCCAUGAGAAAAUGUGUAGAAUUGCAGGAAACAAGAUUUAAAACUGCAACAUUUUCUCCACCAACAAGAACAGUUUGUGUCAUGAACAGUGCUUGUGCCCAUAGAAAUAGACAUGGCGCUUGCGCACAGGAUGUUACCGAGUGGAAAAGGUUUGGGGACCCCUGUUGUAGUUUAGCAAUCUCAUCAUUAACCACUACUAGUUAGUUAGUUGAUCCAGCUAACCAGGGUAGCCAGCUAAUUUAGCUAGCUAACAUACCGCCCUGUCUGUGCUUUAGGAGAACAUAAAAAACCACAACACAUUCAACAAUGGCAGAAGGCGAGCCGCAGGUCCAGUUCAAGGUGAGGAUUUUUCCUUCUAUCUCACACAUUUACUGUUUAUUUGGUUUUGGAACCUGAAGCAGGAUUAUGUUGAGUUAGGUCAUGACUAGCGAGCUGCUGUGUUCCAACUCCUAACCCUCUUACCAUCUCAGCUUGUGUUGGUUGGCGAUGGAGGAACGGGAAAGACCACUUUUCGUCAAAAGACAUUUGACGGGAGAGUUUGAGAAGAAAUAUGUUGGUAAGUCACUCUCCAUCUGCAUGUAAUUACUUAUACCAACACAGCCAAUUUACAGUGAGAACCCCCAACACUACCACAUGUUAGGCCUCUGCACUCAGCCUGUAGUGGUAGAAUGGUUUAUCAGAGUUGUAGUCAUUGGGAGGGAGCUGUGUCACACUGCAGAGGCCUCCAAAAGGAGCGAGGGGAUACAUGGAGGCACCAGGUAACAAUGUGCAGCAAGGGUGAGACUGAAUGAAUCAAAGAGCCACCAUUCAAGCACCUACCUUGUAAACAUCUCUAGUGUUUCUAAACCGGCUCUUUCUCUUCUCACCCCCCCCUUAUUUCUUGCUACCUCUCCCCGCCUCCCUCUCAUCUCUCCCUUCUUUCGCCUGUCCUGCUGGGUUUCCGUUCUUCUCCCCCCUUUCUCUUCUUCCAGCCACACUGGGAGUGGAGGUGCACCCGCUGGUUUUCCACACCAACAGAGGGGCCAUCAAAUACAAUGUGUGGGACACAGCCGGGCAGGAGAAGUUUGGAGGGCUCCGAGAUGGCUACUACAUCCAAGGUAUGGUAUAAAAGUGCUUAUUAGCUUGGCCUGGAAGUUUUGCUGACCAGGAGGAAGAAUUCUGGGUCCUAGUUACUAAAAAGAACUCCCUGCUCUACUGACAUACUUGCCUACAGAGCGUUGUAUGGAAGGUCACUGGCCAGUUCUUAUAACCGAGGGCCAAAGUUCAGCACCGAUUUUUAACCUUACCCUGAAGGGUAAGGUUAAAGUCCAUGAAGAAGUUGGCACCCCCAGGGCCAGGAACUGUCUAGUAGAGAAUGACAAUAGCUAUUCUAACAUGGGUAAACCCCCCCCCCCCCCCCCCCCCCCUGUGUUGAGUAGAUUCAUGUUGUGACUCUCCCUCUCUAUUUCCUUCUCUUGCUUUCUUUGCCUCUUCACUCUGAAUCACCCUCUGUACUUUUUCUCUGCUCCCUCUUUCCUCUCCACUCUCCUCCUUUGUAUUCCCUCGCCUUCCGCUCUCCAGCCCAGUGCGCGAUCAUCAUGUUUGACGUCACGUCCCGAGUCACCUACAAGAACGUACCCAACUGGCAUCGUGAUCUGGUGCGAGUCUGUGAGAACAUUCCCAUAGUCCUCUGCGGCAACAAGGUGGACAUCAAAGACAGGAAAGUCAAAGCCAAGAGCAUCGUAUUCCAUCGCAAGAAGAACCUCCAGGUAAUUAUUACACACUUUAAUAUAGUUUACUAUUGGUGUUGUAUAGUAGUGUAUUUGGGUUUCUGUGCAAACUGAGACUGGCCCUGAUGAAAUAAUGGGUAAAUAAUCAUUUUAGACCUUGUGCCCCACAGCAAGGUGAUGAUGAUGAUGAUAAUGAUAACCCUCUUUUCUCCUUCUCUCACAGUACUACGACAUCUCUGCCAAGAGUAAUUACAACUUUGAGAAGCCCUUCCUGUGGCUAGCACGGAAGCUGAUUGGAGACCCCAACCUGGAGUUCGUGGCCAUGCCCGCUCUCGCCCCCCCCGAGAUUCUCAUGGACCCCUCCCUCGCUGCGCAGUACGAGCACGACCUCAAAGUGAGUAGAACCCCACAGUGGCCCAGCACGGGUAGAUGGACUGCAUAGAGACGAAACGGUCAAACGUUGUCCGAUUUUAAAUUGGAUAGGAAUGAUCUUAUCAAUGUCUUACCAUAUGAAAUAGGAUCAGAAUGGCUAGAUGAUAACAUUCAUCAAUGUCUUCAUUUAUGUUUCUGAUUGUAAAUGGUAUAUCGUCAUAACCCUAACCGUUAUUCACUUUCUCCCCCCUCUCCAGGUUGCAUCAGAAACAGCGCUCCCAGAUGAAGAUGAUGACCUUUAACCUGUUAUGUAUGUAUGUAUGACCCCACCCCCGUGUCGCAGGAAGUUGUUGGAUUUUGGCCCCUUUAAUGUAAAAUCCCGUUGCUGAUUUAUUUUUAUUUUUGAACUCUCCGUUUCGUUUCUGUUUUCAAACUGAAAAAAGUGGAAACUUGGUCAAGUCAUGUGGUUCUCUAGUUUCAUUGUAAGACACCCACCCUAGUGUUGGCAUGGCAAUGUGCUACUCACCAUCAUCAAGCACCACC